UGAAACCAAACCAUCGUCCUGAAAUGUCUGCCAUCAGCUCUUUUGUGAACCAGCAAGUACAGGUGAUUCUGUAUGACGGAAGGGUCAUCGUAGGCAAACUGAUGGGCUUCGACGUCCGGGCGAACAUCAUCCUGGCUGAUAGCGUGGAAAGAGAGUUUUCGGAGGACGAAGGGGUAGAGAUGGUACCACUAGGUCUCUACAUGAUCAAAGGAGAUAAUGUUGCCAUGAUCGGGGAGAUUGAUACGGACAAGGACGCUACGAUUGAUUACAGCUCAAUACGAGCGCCGCCGCUCAACGACAUCCGAUUCUAGCUGGCAGUAAAACCAGGAGAGCAGCUCCCUCCAUCUUGGGGACUUCUCACCAUAGACGGAACGAAAAGAGGCCUACCAUAUAGUAUGAUACAACGCACGUAUGGCCGCCGCUGCGAUAGGAAGUCGCUGUAUAACGUUGUACAACAGUCUCAUUUCACGACCAAGCACCGGCAUAUCAUGACAAACAACAUAGAAUGACCAACUGGAACUCUUU